AUGAACAUUGCUGGAAUUAUGAAGCAAAUUUGGUGGAUUGCCUCCAAGCAGGAUCGGCUUUGGGUUAAGUGGGUUCAGCAAAGAUACCUAAAGCAAGAGUCUCUUUGGACAGUCAAGGGUCUCAACAACUGCUCCUGGGUCUGGCGUAAAGUUUUGAAGUAUAGGGACAAAGCCCUUCCCCUUAUCAAAACUAUCAUUGGGGAUGGGGCUGCUACAAAGCUUUGGCUUGAUAAUUGGCACCCGUUUGGAGUUCUCUUGAAUAGAUUUGGUAGCAGGAUAUGCUACGACGCAGGCUCCUACUCUCUUGCUGCCCGACAUGCGUGUGUCAAGGAGAUUGUGCGUGAUGGAGAUUGGUACCCUGGCCCCUCUACAUCUUUUGACCUCAUUGAUAUAUGGAGGGCCCUUCCAACCAUUGAAAAAUUUCACGAUGAGGUUCCGGAUUUGACAGUUUGGAUUGGCAACUCUUCGGGUAAUUUCACUUCCAAAUCAGCUUGGAAUGCUGUCCGCACAAGAACUGCCCAUACAGAUUGGAGUGAAGCUGUUUGGUUUGAAAGGGGGAUUAAUUCCCAUUGCUUUAUAGCUUGGAGAUGCCUUUCGGAUGCCCUCCCUACAAGGGACAACCUCAUUCAUAGACAUAUUCUGGCUCCUCAUCAUUGUGAGUUUUGCUGGGCUGGAACUGAAAGCAGAAAUCAUCUUUUCUUUGGGUGCCCCUUCUCUACUGACAUUUGGAAAAUUAUUUAUGAGCUUUGCUUUCAUGAUGGAACCAUGCCAAGCAAUGUCAUUGAUGCAGCCAUCUCGGUUAGAUAUGCCGCAGGUAGAGCAGGGAAGUUGGGGCUGGUCACCAAGCUUGCAUUAUCUUCCAUUUCUUUGGUGGGUGACCCUACUACUGCCAACCUUCAUAUUGCUGCCAAAUGGGGUCUUCAAGUUCAUUGGGCUGCUCGAAUUCCAAAGGCCUGCUCUUGGUUUGCCCCUAAUCCGAAUAUGGUUGCUCUCCAUUGUGAUGGGUCUCUUGCAGAUGACAAAGCAAGCUUUGGGGGCCUCAUUCGUGAUGGAUGUGGGGACCCCAUAGCUGCCUAUGCUGGUCUAGGGGAAGAUCUUUCGGUGCUGUCCAUGGAGUUUAAGGCUAUUUACAAAGGAAUUUCCCUUUGUAUCGAGAAGGGUUUGUAUGAUGUUUCUGUUAGGUUGGAUUCGAAGCUGGCCGUCGACAUUUUGAAUGGGCAGAUCACUGGGCCCUGGCAAAUCCUUAUUUUGAAAAGUAAGAUCCUCUCUAAGUUUAGGCUGCUGAGGUCUAAAGAAUUAGUUCAUGUUUGGAGAGAACAGAACCAGCCCGCAGAUUUCAUGGCUUCCCUCCCUACUGACCCCUCUGGAACCUAUUGGGAGCUUGAGUCUUUCCCUCUGGAGCUGACCAUUCUCAUAAAGAAAGAUAAGGAGCUA